AUGCCGCUUCCAACUCGUGAAUUAGGUAAAACUGGAGUUAAAAUUCCAACAAUUGGCUUUGGAUGUAUGGGAAUGAGUGAUUUUUAUGGACAAUCUGACGAGAAGGAAAACAUUAACGUAUUGAACAAAUCGAUCGAAUUAGGAAGUUACUUUUGGGAUACUGCGGAUAUGUAUGGAAGGGGAGCUAAUGAGAUCCUUUUGUCAAAAGUUCUUAAAGAACGUCGUCAUGAAGUAUUUCUUUGUACAAAAUUCGGAGUCGUUCGAGGUCCAAAUGGAGAAUUUUUGGAGAUUAAAGGUGAUCGUGAAUAUGUUCGUCAAGCUUGUGAAAAAUCGUUGAAAAGGCUUGGUAUGGAUUAUAUUGACCUCUAUUAUCAAAUUCGUGUGGAUUCUAAAACACCUAUUGAGGAAACCGUUGCCGCUAUGGCGGAACUUGUGAAAGAAGGAAAAGUGAAAUAUAUCGGACUCUCGGAAUGUUCCGUGAACACACUUCGACGCGCUUGUAAAGUUCAUCCAAUUGCAGCUUUACAGAUCGAGUAUAGUCCAUGGACGCUUGAUAUUGAAAAGAAUGGAAUUAUGGAAGCAUGUCGUGAAUUAGGUGUUACCAUAGUCGCUUAUAGCCCACUUGGUCGCGGAUUCUUAACCGGAAAAUAUAAAUCGAUUGAUGAUUUUGAUCAAAAUGAUCUUAGAAGGACGAGUCCACGUUUCUUGGGUGAUAACUUUAACAAGAAUUUAGAAAUUGUUAAGAAAAUUCAAGAAUUCGCAAGCAAGAAAGGUGUUACUGCAAGUCAACUUUGUCUGGCUUGGGUUUUGGCUCAAGGAGAAAAUAUCGUAGUUCUUCCUGGUACAAGGAAAAUCAAAUAUUUAGAAGAGAAUGUUGGCGCAGCUAAUGUUCAACUUUCGUCUGAGGAAUUAUCUGAAGUUCGUCAAAUUAUUGAUUCCAUUGAGAUCAUUGGACACAGAUAUCCAGCUGAACAUGCAGCAUUUUUGGAAAAUGAAUGA